CUAAUCAUACGCGGAAAUAGACCUCGACUUAAAAACGAAAGUAGAAUUACGAGUUUUGUGUUUUACUAUUUUUGACCUCUAUUUCAGUCCUUAUUUUCGGGCUGUAUUUGUGUCACCAACAUAUUGAAGUUACGUGGUAUGUCUGUAUUGGCUGUGUUUUUAAUCAGUUUGUCUUGUGCUGAAAACGAAAAGAUAGCCUAAGUAAAGCUGUUACUUCUACGCUGUUCCUAACAGUAUGGACGUGGACAUGCAAAACGACACUUCAGAGGCCCUACGACAGGACCUGACCUGUGCCGUGUGUCAGAGCAUCUUCAGUGACCCCGUGCUCCUCCCGUGCACACACUCUUUCUGUCGAGAAUGUCUACAAAGGAGCCUGCAAGUCAGCCAAACGUGCCCAUUCUGUAGAGAACCUUGUACAGAAGACCAAACUAUUGUAAACCGUGAUCUGAAAAACGCAUGUGAGACAUUUGUGAAGCAGACCAACUGGAAAAGCCCUCCCAAACCCAGUGAAUUCUGUUGCACCCUCCAUCUCAAGCCUCUGGAGCUGUACUGUGAGUUAGAUGAGAGGCUAGUGUGCGUGGACUGCGCCACUUCUCACAGCGCUCACCGGCUACUUAGCAUCAAGGAUGGAGUCCCGCUUUGUAAGAGUGAGUUGAAUGACAAAGUUGAAUACUUUGAAAAGAAGAUUGAUUUGUAUGGAAGAAUGAGACAGACACUUUUCAAAACAGUUGAAUGUAUUCAAAAACAAGCAGGGGAUGCAGAAAAUCAGAUAAAGGAAGAAUUUGAGAGGCUCCACAACUUUCUUCAUGCUCAAGAAAACAUACGACUCCAAACCCUGGCCACUGAAAUGGAAGUAAAGAUGUCAGUUGUACAGGAAAAAAUAUCUACAACAGAGGAGCAUCUAAAAAGUCUUAAAGAGCACCUGGAUACUCUAAAAAAGGAGCUGGACAAUGAGGACCUUCCAUUUCUGAUGAAUUUUCAGAAAACUAAAAUACAAACAUAUUGGUCACAGCGUGUCCCAAAGAUUGAACAGGAUUGCCUCCUGACCAUGAGUAAGCAUGUUGGCUCCUUAGGCUUCAACAUCUGGAAGAGCAUGAAAGACUGUGUCCAGUAUUAUCCGGUAGUUCUCGAUCCCAACAGUGCUUCUCCUUGGUUGGCCUUGAGUCCAGACCUGACCAGUGUGAAGGAAAGCCCUGAGCCACUGCCUGUCCCAAACAACCCAGAUCGCUUUGACCCAUGUGUCUUUGUCCUGGGGGCUGAAGGGUAUACCUCUGGGAAACACAAGUGGGAGGUCUCUGUUGGAGAUAGCCCCAAAUGGAUUGUGGGAGUGUGCAAAGAGUCAGUGGUUAGGAAAAAGAUGUUUACAGUGUCAACCACAUAUGGAGUAUGGGCUAUCAGGCUCAGCAAAGAGAAGUACACUGCUCUAACACCAGAACCUACACAGCUGUCUGUCAAUUCAUGUCCAGAGAAGAUCCGUGUCAGGCUAAAUAUGGACAAAAGAGAGGUGUCUUUUUAUGAUGGAUUAGCAGAGAAACACCUAGUCUCUUUUACAUUUAAAUUGGAAAAUGGCGAAAAGAUGUAUCCAAUUUUUGGUCCAGGCCUCCAAAAUACACCCAUGUUUAUUUUUCCUGGAAAAGUUACAAUACAGACCUCCUAACAUUAAUAAUAGUUGUUGAAAAAAUAUGGUUUUGAAUUAGAUGUCCUUUGUGUUAAGCUUUUAGUCUGGAUGUCAUGUUGUGGGGUGUGUUGCGCAUACAUAGUUUAUUGUUAGAAACUUAAUUGAUAAGUUAAGUAACCAUAAUAUCCUAAUGCAUAACCUAGAGGCAUAUAUAAAAGACAAAUCAGCACUUUCCAAAUGGUGCAUGACACUAAAUAAGUAAACUAACAAACUAAACUAAAUUAAGUUAUAAAUGUGUUGUUAUUUUCAAUUUUGUGUCAUAAAGUGUGUAAUAAAGUUCAUCCACUAUCA